AGGGACACUACCUUGACGCAAUGUUCUACUAUCUUAGUCUGGGUGGAAGGCAUAGGAUGAAACCACACAUCUCCGGCGAAAGCUCUGUGGCGAAUGAGUUGAGAAGAUCCGUCGGCGAGAAGCUCCAUCACGUUGAUGACGCCGCCGACGCCGCCAAGCAAGGUAGGCUUCUAAAGUAUAACCAAACGGAGAGGCGACGGAGGCGGAGCCACCGUGCCGAAGACCCCAUAAGAACCUUAAUGUUCUUAGGCUCUAUCAAUCACACGUGACAUCACUAAUUACUAAUUAAUGAGGUAUUUGGACCUACAAAAGGCCCAAAAUCCAUUCCAAUUCUCAUGGACCUUCAUAUAUGCAUCUGUGACUAUAUAUUAAUAUUCAGUAACCCUAAAAUAAAAACUCCAUCGUGUACAUAUGUGUGACUAUGUGUGUGUAUAUUAUUUACUAUUUACAGUUUAAAAUAUUUCUGAUUCUAUAUCAUUAGUGCUGCAUAUACUUAGAUAAGAUUAAGAUCUGAUCGAUAAACUUAUUAUAAUUUAUUGUGAUGUUUUUCUUUAUUA